AGCCACACUUUCAGAACGGUUUCGGUCGUUAACGGAACAGGACAGAGUGGAACUAGGCUUUGGCUGCCCUGUGUGUACGAUACCGUUUUGCUAGCUGAUCGGUGAAGAUGAGAUCCUAUCGGUCUGGAAUGGUGCUAUUGAUAGCAGUGCUAAUUAGUGCCCAAAUAGUGAACUGUGAUGGAAAUAAGCCGGUGACUAACGGAUCCAAAGUGGAGCCAAAACCAACAGAACAAGUGACUGCCAGCAGCACGGAUGCCAUUAGCUACGAAGUAAAGGAGGCUGACACUUUCUUCGACACACUGAAGAAGCAGCUGAGAUGUGGAUAUCCUAAAUUUGGCAUUCCUUCACUCGUCCCGUUGAAAUUGUCCUACAAGUUUAAGACAUCACUGGAUUUUUUGAGUCUCAUGAAAGUACAAAUCACCGCAUCCAACAUCGUCAUCCAUGGGUUGGAUAAUUUCACUUGGAUACCAUCAAACACCUCUUUCAGUCGCAGCAAAACUGGUAUCACGCUGAACUUCCCGAAUAUUACGACUUUCGCGACCACCAGCAUAAAUCGCGCCAAUGGGACAUCCAGGCUCUCGUUGUACGAUACACUCGUUCACCUGGAUGUUGAGUACGAAGAGAAGGAUGACUUGCUGUAUCUCACCAAUCUGGACGGGGACCUUGCCCUGCGAGCAUCUACCGUGAGGGUGGCUCAUUUGAUGCCGAAAAGUGGCAAGCUAACCAAAAUUUGGAACAAAGCCCUUGGCGAGUCACUGCCAGUGAUUGUUAAGAUGAUCACCUCCAAGAAGCUGAGGGUGGAGUACAUCAAUCGGAUCAUCAACGGGUCCAAGUAUUACGCGAUCAGUACUGCCAACAAUGCCCUGGCUUCGUACAAUCUUAACUUCGACAGAUUAGUUGAUAGCUUUAAGCGAUUCUCGGAGGUUACCUCGGAUUCGCUCAUGUGUACCGAGAAUGAUAUUGCCGAGCAGUCGAGGAUAAUCUGAAUCGGUUUAGAUUUAUGUUUGCCUUCAUAUACGUAAGUUAUUUAAUAAAGUAUGCGAUAAUAUUUAUUCAGGGUGCCGCUAAUGAGGCUUGUUGAAAAAAAAAUUACCCGAAGAUCAUCAGGAAACGUUAA